CUUACGUUGUUGUCAAGAUGGGCAAACAGAAGGUGAAAACCCGUGUUAUAGAAAAGGAUGUCAAUCCCGUAUGGAAUGAAGAUCUUACACUUUCUGUUUCAGAUCCUAACCUUCCCAUUAAGCUGACAGUGUACGAUCAUGACACAUUCAGCAAGGAUGACAAAAUGGGAGAUGCAGAAUUUGACAUCAAACCAUUUUUGGAGGCACUGAAGAUGCGCUUAGAUGGAUUCCCCAGUGGCACUGUGAUCACACGAGUACAACCAUGCAGAGCAAACUGCCUGGCCGAGGAGUCGUGCGUAGUCUGGAAAGAUGGUACAGUCUCACAAGAUAUGUGCCUCAGAUUGAGAAAUGUGGAAUGUGGCGAGGUAGAACUCCAAUUUCAGUGGAUUCAACUUCCUCGCAACAAGCCUUGAUAUGUUGCUGGCCUAAGCAAGAUUAAAUGGACCACCUGUGUAUGAUUUCCCAUGCCAAGGGGCUGUAUCUCAACGCGCGUAUAUAAUAUAUAAAACUAUAUAAGUGCCUUGAACUUCUGGGGGUUCUAUUAAUUUCAUUUUGUCUUUGAGUUUACAUUUGUACUAUACUACUAUGUAAUACUCAUGGGGGCUGCACUAGUCUGACCUCACGUGUUCUUGAUGUUUUGUAAUCAUAAUAAAGAUUCUAUUUUUGCAAAGCAGUGGAUUAUACUAUCUUAUUAUGCUUGUUGUUUCUAUUGCACAUCGG